CAUACAUACAACUGUGGACAACAAUGGCAACACCCGGGGGAACAACACAGACUUCAAAUGAUGAAAUUCUACAGCAAAUUCUGUAUGCAUUCCCCAACGCUGAUCCAGCAGUGGCACUUGACAUAAUUGAAUCCAAUAAGGAACAAGUCCAAGAUGGUAGUGUAUUCGGUGUAAUAGCUGAAAUAUACGGUGUACCAACGACACGUGACGAAGCGUCAACGUCUAUAAAUCAAACAACUAAUACAAGUGCUGUUAAUAAUGUAGUUCUAAGACAAUGUGUUAAUGCUGUUGAACAGUCAACCAAGGAUGAUGCACAAGGAAACACUCAAAUUGAGGAAACCCCAGGAAGAACACAAUAUGUUGCGAAUGCACCCUCACAUCAUGAUAUACUCAAGGAUAUCACUCGAUCUUACUUUUCCCAACAGCAUUCUUUGCAUGGAGUUGACAACGUUACCUUCGAUUUUGAAGAGGAACAAAGCAUUGAUGACAAUGUAGACUUUAAUCAUAAGGAUAAGGAUGUUACAGUCAUAAAUCAUGAUCAAAUGGGAGGUGGCAAAGUUGAAAUUGAGGAAGACAAUAUUGGCACUGUGUCGCCCGCUAGAGUUACUAUAGAUGGAGGUAUAAGAGAAGUAUAUUGUAAAAGUUCGGCUUUGGAAACAUCUGAAAUGAGAGAAAAUGAAUCUAUGGACGACACUGACACACACAAUCGCUGUAAACUUGACAAACAUUCCAAACCACCUCUGGAAGAUUGCAAAAGAGAUGAUGACAAUGGCCAUACAGUUGGGGUUGCUGAUGACGAUGACAUUGAUACACAUGAUGUUGUUCAUUACAAAGAUGUAUCCGAAUUCGUAACCGACUCAGUGGAGAGUAUACACAAAUCUGAACAACUGGUUUCCGAAACCCAUCACGGCAAUGAUAACACUUCCAUUGUAAAUGCUAACACGAUGAAAUUAAUUGACAAUGCCAAGUUCGAUAAUCAAGAAUGUUGUAUUAAUUCUUUAAAGGUAGCUGAUAAACAUUUAACUCGUCUUGUUGAACAUUUAGAGAGUGAAAGAAAUCAGACUGGCUUAAACGAUGGAAGAAUUAUACCCGAUUGUAAUUUGACACCAGCUGUGAAACAUGAUCAAAAGCUAGUUAAUAAUAACACUCACGAUAAUAUAACACGUGCUAUUGAUAUGUCUGGGGACCCUCGAAAGAGCCCUGUUCAAAAUAAUACUUUUGACCUUGAUGUAACUUGCCUCGUUGAAGAUACAGAGAGUGAAGGAGCGGAUGAUGAGGUUGAUGAUGCACGAGGACGACGGGUGAGAGGAGAGUCUAGCGACGUGAUACCAGACACACAACUUAUUCCAAUAGAAUAUGAUUUAAAUGAAAUAAAGAAUAAAAACGAAGCUUAUAAAGCAACGGAAUAUUCUCUGGACAUUGAUGGGACGUAUGAUGAUAAUGAAGAAUAUGACGACGAUGCUGAAAAGUUUCUUUUAGGGGAAACCGAUUCAAGUGAUUCUGAGAAAGGUCCCAACUUAAACUCUGGAUUGCACAAACUAGAGGUUGAUAAUAAUCAAAAUUCAAAAAUGUUUUCUAAUAAUGAUUCGGCUACUAUUAACAAAGUAUCUAGUGAUACUGAUGGGCUGAUUGCAAAUGAUACCGAUAUAAGUGGCUCUAAUGAAACUAUUUUAAAGUAUGUGGAACAAUAUCCCAUGAACGGUACUCUAAAUCUUGAUGUCCAGAAACCAAGUAUUGAAAGAGAUGAGGAAGAUUCAGACAGUGACAUAAGCGAGAGUAUUAUAUGCCCAACAUCUUCACAGAAACCUCCAGUUAAGCAAAUGAUGAAAGAUCCCUAUGAUCAACCUGAAAGUGACAAGCAUCCAGACAAUUCUAACAACAAAGUGAACGACAAAAGUGUUUCCGAUAUUGAUAACUUAUCACAUGAUGUCAGCUCUUGUGAAGCAGUUGUAAAUGCAACGGACCAUAAAACACUCAUUAAUUUAGGAAGUGGUUCUGGAAUACAAGGUGCUAUAAAUCCAUUAGAAACAAAUUUUGCUCGGACUAGAACUGAUCAUACACCUAGUCAAUCCCAAGCCGAUUGUCCUUCAGAAUAUGAGAAACCACAAUCCUAUGAAUAUUCUGAAUACAGUAUUGAUUUGAACAGUUCUUGUGAUGAUGAAAAUUCAAACAAAGGCAUAGCAAGUAAAGAUAAUGAAAAUUCGUACAAAGGCACAGCCAGUAAAGAUGAUGAAAAUUCGUACAAAGGCACAGCCAGUAAAGAUGAUGAAAAUUCACACAAAGGCACAGCCAGUAAAGAUGAUGAAAAUUCGUACAAAGGCACGGCCAGUCAAGAUGAUGAAAAUUCGUACAAAGGCACAGCCAGUAAAGAUGAUGAAAAUUCGUACAAAGGCACAGACAGUAAAGAUGAUGAAAAUUCAUACAAAGGCACAGCCAGUAAAGAUGAUGAAAAUUCGUACAAAUGCACAGCUAGUAAAGAUGAUGAAAAUUCGUACAAAGGCACGGCCAGUCAAGAUGAUGAAAAUUCGUACAAAGGCACAGCCAGUAAAGAUGAUGAAAAUUCGUACAAAUGCACAGCUAGUAAAGAUGAUGAAAAUUCGUACAAAGGCACGGCCAGUCAAGAUGAUGAAAAUUCAUACAAAUGCACAGCUAGUAAAGAUGAUGAAUAUUUACACAAAGGCACAGUCAGUAAAGAUGAUGAAAAUUCAUACAAAGGCACGGCCAGUCAAGAUGAUGAAAAUUCAUACAAAUGCACAGCCAGUAAAGAUGAUGAAAAUUCAUACAAAUGCACAGCUAGUAAAGAUGAUAAAAAAUCAUACAAAUGCACAGCUAGUAAAGAUGAUGAAUAUUUACACAAAGGCACAGUCAGUAAAGAAGCAGGAAGUACAAAACUGAUUGAACCUUCUUCUUCGAACAGAGAUGUGGAAGGCGUAGCUAAACAUUCACUGGGAGCAAUAACAAGGCUGGAUGGUGAUGAAGAUCCAGUGUGUCAAGUCAAUAAGUCUGCACCAUUAACAAAAAGUAACCAAAAUGAUCAGAAAAAUGAAGCGAGAACAUCAUGUUUUAAUCGAAUCCCAAUAUCACAAAAUAUUUUAGCAACGCUGAAAGAACAAUCAAAGUCUAACAAUCUCAGUUAUGAUAAAUUAAACAGCAUGGUUCUUGGGAAAGCGGGGGAAAAUAACCAUAGUGAUCAACCAAAUUGCAAAGGACCAAAAAAAGUAAGUGAAGCUAGUUCUACAGAAUCAAGGUAUCCGAUAGUUGCUCCUCAAAGAAUAGUCAAUACCCAGAUGUCGAUUAUAAACUAUUUUGGUAAUGGAGGAAUAACCCCUUCGCAAUUAAUUCAAAAAUGUAACAACGACCAACAUAAAAUAACAGAUUAUUUCUAUAAGGAACCUGCAGGAGAUGCAAUCAGUUGUCAUAAACCAUGUCAAAGUGAAAUCCAAUUAACGUCAACAACAGCUGGUACAAAACACCAAGAAAGCAUAUUAAACAAGGCCUUCACGAAAAAGGAUACCAAACGACCCUUAGUCUCGUAUGAUGUAAGCUCAGAUAGUGAAAAUAACUCAAAAGGUGGCAAUGAUACAACAUUGGCCUCUAACCGCCCAAUGGAUACAUCGAGUUUUGUAAAAGACUCAAAGAAAUAUGACUGUUGCACUACAAAUAAUCAACAACAGAUUGCGACUGAUGUUGAAAAUAUGACUGAAAACGCAUCGGAUCUAGAACUGGAAGGGCAAACUAAGCGUCGACAUACCUGCUCCAGAAAACGCAAAGUAAGCUGGGAAAAUACAAGUUCAUCGGAAUUUGAAAAACCAAUAGGCAAAAACAUUACAAAAUCGAAAAAGCGACAUCGUCGUAAAAGAAAAAGAAAUGAAACAUUCUGCCCAUUUGCACUCGGUUUUAUGCCAGGCCAGGCAAAUCGAAGGUCAGUUCCCAAAAGUGUAGCAAGUAGUGAGACAGACCAUAUUAGUACUAACCCACUUAACUUGGCAUGUGAGGAACAACAUGACAAAGAAUUUGAUGAAGAUAUGGAAGAGGGGGUGUCAAGGAAAGAUUCGAGUACCGGUGAACGUACGUCCAAUGGCAGUUAUUUGGAUAUUGAUGGUAGUGACUUUGGAGGAGGUACAUGUAGCUAUGAAGUGCAUGUGAACAAUGAAUAUGAAAUAGGAAAAUCUGAUCACAAUAAAGAUGCUCCCGAGAGAAUAAAUGAGGGAUCUGACACGGAUAUAUUUGAAACCAGUGAGACACGAGAAUCAAAUCGUUUCAGAACUAGAACUAUACUAAAAUGUUACUGUUCUGAUUCCGAUGAUUGUGAUUGUAACUUUCUUGGUCCAAUUUCUUUAGUAAUACCAAAUAAAGAUGGCGCAUGUGUCAAUACAGUACUACCUCGGCAGACGAAAGGAAUUAUCAAACCACCACAAUUGAAUCCUUAUGUUAAGAUUGAAGACGUUGAUGGCGAUUUAGAUGGCGCUCGGUCCAUAUACAUGCCAUCGGGAAGCAAUGCAUCAUAUUCGCAUCAUUUUCAGGAUGACCUUGAUAUCGAAGCAGAGCCUGAUGGAUCGUCAGAUGAUUCGGACUGCACGGUAUUUGAUAGUAAGUUUCGGAAAGAAAGCCCUAAACAAGAUAUUGGAACUGGGUUUGAUCCAAACAAUAGACGCAGAGCAACUAGGCCUUGUUAUCAGGUUCAGGAUUCCAGCAGCCCAACUACCGAUUCUGAUAGUGAUGACGAGACGUUUUCUUUAGACAAAAUGGGACUACCUGCACUAAAUAAUUUUAAAAGAUGAAAAUAAUUCCGACUUAAAUGGUCUUAUCCCCGGGGCCUUAUCCUACUUAUAUUGUGCCAAAUCUUAUUAAUUGUGAUAACAAUGAAACGACUUCAAAUCAGUGUCAUUAAGAUCCAAAGUUUGGUCAAAAGAAUAAUGCCACUAUUUAACGAAAUAGUCAUGAAUAUAUUGGCACAAUGGGUUAGCAUAUUAUGAUAUUGGCAACAAGUUCAUCAUAACACAACAGAACAAAAGGGGCCACACUGGCGGAUCUGGGG